AUGACCACAUUUGCAAAGCUUCCGUUCGCCGUCGAUUUUGGGAGCAAAUCCUUCGUGAUGCAAGGCAGGCCUAUGCAGAUAAUGUCCGGUGCCAUCCACUACUUCCGGGUACUUCCGGCGCUGUGGGAGGACCGGCUGAUCACCAUGCAAGCUUCCGGCCUGAACACGGUCGAGACCUACGUUGAGUGGAGCAGCCAUGAGCCCGAAGAAGGCCACUUCGACUUCGAAGGCCAGCAGGAUCUGGUCCGUUUCUUGCGGAUAGCCCAUAAGCUGGGCUUUAUGGUCAUCCUUCGACCAGGUCCGUACAUCUGCGCCGAGCGAGAUUUUGGUGGAUUUCCAUACUGGCUUCUAAGAAAUGGAUCUUCAAUGCGGCUUAGAACUUCUGACAAAACAGAGGAGACGUGCGUCUCAGCCUACCUGUUCUAUGUGGACCGCUAUCUGACGAAGGUGUUCGAGCAAGUAAGACCGCUUCUCAUCGGCAACGGAGGACCGAUCAUUAUGUUGCAGGUGGAGAAUGAAUACGGUUUCUACAAAGCGUGCGACUCCUCGUACAUGGUACACCUGCGGGACCUGGCAUGGGCGCAUCUGGGGCGGGACGUGGUUCUUUUCACCGCUGACAGCAGCGAUGACAACAUGAUCAAGUGCGGCAGCGUCGACGGUGUGCUCACCACCGUCAACUUCGGCACCGGCAUGGAGCCGAGGCGUGCGUUUUCUCGCAAAUGGCGCCACCAGAUGUCGGGCCCUCUCAUGAACUCAGAGCUGUACGUCGGCUGGCUGGACCACUGGGGAGAGCCACACCACUUGGUGAAUGCGACACACCUCGCCCAGACGAUCCGCACGUUGCUCGCAAUGAAGGCGUCGUUUAACCUGUACAUGUUUCACGGUGGAACAAACUUUGGAUUCAAAACAGGUGCCAACAUGGCGAAAGGUUUCCAGCCACAGCUUACCAGCUACGACUACGAUGCGCCUAUCAACGAGGCCGGCGACGCCACCGAAAAGUUUAAGGUCAUUCGUGACGCCAUUGCCGAGAUUUUCGGCCUGGAGGAGUUGCGAUGGCUGAUGUCGAAUGCCUCCGUGAGGUCGCGCUACCCACUGACCUUCGAGCAAGUUGGCCACGACUACGGCUUCAUGUUGUACGAAACUCGAAUCAAUUUCCAGCCAUCUGUGCCUUCGCAUUUGAAUGUACGCGGUGUACGAGAUCGCGGAUACGUCUACUUGGACGGCGCCUUCAUAGGGAUUGUUUCGCGAGAGGAAGUGACUGAUGCUUUAAUUGACGUCAAGCCAAACCAGACCCUCUCAAUACUCGUGGAGAACCAAGGACGAAUAAAUUUCGGAAACUUCAUAAGCGACAGAAAGGGCAUCGUGAAGAACGUGACACUGGACUACAGGCGUCUGGAGGGCUGGGAGAUGAUACCCAUCCGCCUUUCCAACGCCGUUUGGCUGCGGGAGCCCGGUGCUCUCGAGCGACUUCGCCGUCUGAGCCGUGAUCCGCCCGAAUCUUCCGGGCGUGGGCUUUCGGUGUACGCGACCACCUUCGCGCUGAACGAGAGCCAACGCUUGUACGACAGCUUCUUGCGGCUGGACCAGUGGACCAAGGGCGUUGCGUUCCUCAACGGCUUCAACCUGGGUCGCUACUGGACUGCCGCCGGUCCGCAAACGACUCUGUACGUGCCUGCGCAGAUCUUCAAGGAUGAGGGAAACGUGCUUGUUCUGAUGGAGUUGGAAGCCGUUCAUUCAGAGUCUACGGGACACGGCAGCGCGGAGUUCGUUUCCGAACCUAAGAUGAACGCGCCUGUGCGCUGGCCUGUCUAAUGAUAAACCCUUCAUCUAUGAAUCGGCAACGUAUUUCUAUUGGAGCAAUGUUUGCAGUGCAUCUACGGAGGGCGACGAGAAAACUUAGAAUGUCUUCCAACACUGACGCCUAGCCGGUCAUUGUGUAAUACGCAAUGAAUUAUGACUCCAACAAAGUUCUUAAACAGCGGAAGACUAGAACCUUACAUAUGGUGCCGGUGUCAUGACAAUGGCCGUCUCGAUGGUUGUUAAUGGUACUUACGUGCCGCUGACGCAUACUGGUCAGCCCUGUGUUGUCGAUGCUAGCCACACCGUGAUCAUACCUCCGAAAGCUAAGCUAAUUGAGGGAAGAAGACAUUGGGGCAGGAGAGAGAAGGGGCCGGGGGGCUUUCGCGGUGAGUAAUGUUUUCGGCAACGCAGUCACGGUGGGACCUACUGCAUGUACUGGCCUUGUAGGCGCGUGCGUCAGUGGUUGAAAGCACGCGAGUGCAACCUCCAAUUUCAUGAUGCAACUUGCGGCCUCUUUUACUCCCUGGGAAAAGCUGCUCGGCGCUCCAUGAACGUCUUGACUUUAAUAUUUGUUGCGCUCUCAGGUAGCUGAGGUGCCAUACUGGGAUUACGGAGUCUGCAUCUACUUAAUUCGGCAAAAUAUAAAUAAAUGAACUCAAGACGCAAGACUAUGUUUCAGUGCCACUUUAACAGCGGUACCGGCGUCCUGCUGUAGCUUACUUUCCGAAUAAUGCUUGGUCGUUCUCCAACUCCUGGUGGUGAAA